AUGAAUGAUGUGUCCUGUUGCCCGUGGUGUUCUGAUGAGGCCGAGACCAUACAUCAUGCCUUCUUCUCCUGCCCAGUCGUUGCUGAUCUGUGGUGUGCUUGCAAGUGCGAUAUGCUAGUCCCUGUCGAUCCUCAUGAGGAGGUGAAGGAAAUGCUGCUAAGAUGGAACAAGUUAUGUUCGAAGAAAUGCCUGGCGGGUGUUGCUUUACUCUGGUACAUUUGGUGUCGAAGGAACGAUAGAGUCUUUAAUAACAAAGAUGUUCCGCAUUUAGUGGUGCUCGAGAGGGUGCAUAGGCUGAUUGAGGAUUGUGGGAAAUAUGCCUCUAAGGUGUAUGGUUCAGUAAGUAAGAAGCAGAAUCGCAAGAGCUCGAAGACUUGGCUUCCUCCCCCUACCGACUUCAUAAAAGUCAACUGUGAUGCUUGUUUGAAAGAAGUUGGUUGGAUGGGACUUGGGGUCGUGGCCAGAGAUGUUGCAGGGGUGGCUGUAUUUGUUGGUACAAGACGCAUAAGGGGCUGUUGGUCCCCUGAAAUCGCAGAGUGCAAAGCCAUUCACUUUGGGGUGCUCCUAGCCAAACGAUAUGGGUACAAGAAAGUGAUAAUCGAGUCUGAUUGCCAAGUUGUUAUCUCUCGAUUGUCAAAGGCUAUUUCCUACAUCACAGAUUUGGAUUCGAUUUUGGAUGAUGUGUUUUUUCUUAGCGCUGACUUCGAUUUUAUUUCUUGGUCGCAUGUUUUUAGAGAUGGGAAUGUUGUAGCCUAUCAUUUAGCGAGUUUAGUACCUUUUGGAUGCGAACAAGUAUGGGAGAAUCAUUGUCCUCCUGUUGUUUCGUCGUAUGUACUCAUAGACAAUUUGUCUAUUAAUUAA